AGAUGGCGCUACGGGGCCGCGCAUGUGAGUCGUGACCGCGCUCUGCUCUCAUCUCCUCCUCCUCCCUCCUCCUCCCAGGUGCGAGGGGCGCGAGCUUGACAUGUUUCGAAUAGAAAGCGAGCGUCUCGUUUCCAGCUGAGCGCGUACUCUCUCCCGGCGCGUGUGCGUGCGUGUGUAUGUUGUUAUUAUUAUCGCGCUCUCCGCCGCGCGCAGAAUGGCUAGAUUCACCCAGACUGAAGCGAGGAGGCAGCAGCAUCCUCAGCAGCAUCCUCAGCCUGCCCACGCCAGCCUGCUCCUCACCGGACCGGGGGCGGUACCGAGCCAGGCAGCGGCACCACUGCUCCUGAUCCCGCACCAGCCCCAGUACGCGCACAUCACCUACCCCAAGCCCAUGAACGGCUCAGAGCCCAUCUCCAUCCACCCCGACAACGGCACCAUGAAAGACCAGGAUGCCAUCAAGCUCUUUAUAGGACAGAUCCCGCGCAACCUGGAGGAGAAGGACCUGAAGCCUCUUUUCGAACAGUUUGGAAAGAUCCACGAACUGACUGUCCUCAAGGACCGUUACACCGGCAUGCACAAAGGCUGUGCAUUCCUCACGUACUGCGCUCGUGAAUCAGCCAUCAAAGCCCAGAAUGCAUUGCAUGAACAGAAGACUCUACCAGGGAUGACACGGCCUAUUCAGGUGAAGCCAGCUGACAGCGAGAGUCGAGGAGAGGACAGGAAGCUGUUUGUGGGCAUGUUGAAUAAGCAGCAGACAGAAGAGGACGUGUACCGCCUUUUUGAGCCCUACGGAGUCAUUGAAGAGUGCACUGUAUUACGAGGCCCUGAUGGAAACAGUAAAGGUUGUGCCUUUGUAAAGUUUUCAACACACACUGAGGCUCAGUCUGCCAUCAGCGGGCUUCACGGGAGUCAGACCAUGCCUGGAGCUUCGUCGAGUUUGGUGGUAAAGUUCGCUGACACCGAUAAAGAGAGGACCAUACGGCGCAUGCAACAGAUGGUCGGCCAGUUUGGCAUCUUCAACCCCACCGUGGCCCUGCCGUUCAGCACCUACAGCAGCACCUACAGUACUUACACACACGCGCUGAUGCAGCAGCAGGCGGCGAUCAUGGCUGCUUCUCACGGUGGUUAUUUAGCGCCCAGUGUUGCGUUUCCAGCGACACAGAUUCACCAGGUGGGGGCGCUCAACAUGAACGGCUUGCCGCCCACCCCGAUGACACCUGUUUCAGGUUUGAGCUCUCCGCCAGCUAAUCUGGCAUCCUCUGGCGUGCCGAGCAUCGUGACUCCCAUUGUUAACGGAUUCAGCGGGAUCCCUCACCAAGCCAACGGUCAUCCAGUAGAGGCGAUGUACACCAACGGCCUGCCAUCGUAUUCCACCCAGAGCCCGACCGCAGCCGACACACUUCAGCAGGCAUUCACGGGCGUCCAGCAAUACACAGCCAUAUAUCCUGCCACAACACUGACCCCUAUAGGUCAGACACUGCCACAGCCUGCUCAAAUCAUCCAGCAGCAACAGCAGCAGCAGCGGGAAGGUCCCGAGGGCUGCAACUUGUUUAUCUAUCACCUGCCACAGGAGUUUGGCGAUAACGAGCUAAUGCAGAUGUUUCUUCCGUUCGGAUCCGUCAUCUCGUCAAAGGUGUUCAUGGAUCGAGCCACCAACCAGAGCAAAUGUUUCGGCUUUGUGAGCUUUGAUAACCCCGCCAGCGCUCAGGCUGCGAUUCAGGCCAUGAACGGCUUCCAGAUCGGCAUGAAACGCUUGAAAGUGCAGCUGAAACGGCCGAAGGACGCCAGCCGUCCAUACUGACCACAACCAGGGAUGCAUACGUGCACUCUCAGCCAUUAGGAGAGGUUUUGAACAGUUGUAGUCUUGACGUUUUGACGGAUGGAAACUUUUCUUGAAAAACUAACACACGAAAAAAAAAAACGACACAAAAAAACACAAAGAAGCAAACAACAAGCGCAUAAGGGAGUUUUGAGAAGCAUAUCGCAUUUAACGAAAGCGUGUGUUUCCACAAAGCGAUGAAAGACUGGCGUGACGGGGGACGACAGCGACGGCGAAGACGAGGACGAAAACAAAUAAACUGAAAACUUUUUUUCUCUUUUGAAAAACGCUAUAUACCGAACACUUUGGAAGAACAGUGCAUGGCUGGGACCGGGAGAGUUCACUAAAGCAAAAGACGGAUCCAUGCACAUAUCAAAAGACAGUCGUAACUUUUAUUUGCGAGGAAUUAUGAGGGUUUAAGGGUAAAAUGUGUAUAUGACACUGACGCAGUAUAACUCUCUCGCUCUCACCCGUAGGGACCAGAGGACCAAAUCUUUUUAAUCUCUGUCGGUACCGUAACCAUGUACAAUAUUACCACCGAUCGAUUAUCUUACGCUACAUACAUGCUACUUCAUAUAAUAUGCCAAUUAAGAGUUAGACACAAUUAAAUCAGGGUGUAUAGUGUAGGUAUACGGGGACUUGGGGUGUGUUUUAUUGAAAACCUUUUGCGAAAAACUAGUUUCCAGGUUAUCGGUGCAAAACCGUCUAAAGGACAUUGAUAGAUUAUGUUUAGUGGGGUAUUUUAGGCUACUGUUAUAGACUAUGAAGUGUGUUGAUAUUGAAUUGGGCUGUUCAUCUCCAUGUCUCGUGCCGGCUGGAGAAAAGGGCAUUCGAUCCAUCGCGAUAUCAUUUAACUCAUGCACCAUACUGUAAACAAAUGACCACAGCGAACAUAUACAGUAACCAGAUAUUUUUGCCAAACAACAGCUCUUGUUUUUGAGCUGCACAGUUUCACAAGGAAAUGUCUCUCUGGUGGUAUUUUCCCAUGCACCACCAAAACCCCCAGUGGCUGGUUUUAACAUUGUAUCUGAGGAUUUCGUAUAGUCUCGAUUAUCUUUGGAUUGUUAUUGACUGGAUCAUGUUAGCUUUUAUUAUUUUAUUUUAUUUUUAUUUGUCAGCUUACAAAGUAAAGGCUUACAUUAACGUUACUCUCUUUAUAUUUUAUUUUACUUUACUUUAAUUUUUAUUUUAUUUUAUUUGUCAGCUUACCAAGUGCACAGCAUGGCUUGUAUUAACAUCACUCUCAUUUUUAUUAUUAUUAUUUUUAUUAUUAUUUAUUUUAUUUUAUUUUAUUUUUUUAUUUGUCGGCUUACCAAGUACACAACAGGCUUACAUUAACAUCACUCUCAUUUUAUUUUAUUUUAUUUUAUUUUAUUUUAUUUAUUUAUUUAUUUAUUGUCAGCUUACCAAGUGCACAGCAUGGCUUACAUUGACAUUACUUUUAUUUUAUUUUAUUUUAUUUUAUUUUAUUUUAUUUUAUUUUAUUUUAUUUUAUUUUAUUUUAUUUUAUUUUUCAGAUUACCAAGUACACAACAAGGCUUGUAUUAACAUCACUCUCAUUUUUAUUAUUAUUAUUAUUAUUUAUUUAUUUAUUUAUUUUAUUUUUUUAUUUUAUUUUAUUUAUUUAUUGAUUGUCAGCUUACCAAGUGCACAGCAUGGCUUACAUUCACAUUACUUUUAUUUUAUUUUAUUUUAUUUUAUUUUAUUUUAAAUUAUUUUUUUUAUUUAUGUCAGCCUACCAAGCCUACUCUGUUUAUUUUGUGUUUUAUUUUAUUUUUAAUAAAAUAAAAUUACACAGCAAGUCUAACUUUAACAUUACUGUCAUUUUAUCUGUUUGUUUUAUUGUAUCUGACUUUGCCACAUUGUAUGUUAGCUUGCUUACCGCUACUGUGCGUUUCAUAUAGUGCUAAAAUCACAGCAAUCAAACUGAUGCAAUUCAUACAGCACUAUCACUAUUUUAAACUAUUGAACUGAAUUGUUGCUCAAGCUACUUCUGUGUUGCAUGUCCCAAACAAGUGAUAACAUCUGAAGAUAACUGAGGCUUUACUGAUUCCUCCAAAACAAGGUUAAAACAGCCACAGAAAGACGUUCUGGUGGUGGUGCUGCAGUGAUGUUUCCAUUGUGAAAACAGGCUGUUUUGAGAUAGAAUUCAGGAAACUCUUUCAUUUAGAAACAGCCUAAAAUCGUGCCAUAGUAAAGCUUUGAAUUUGUUUCAGUGGCUUGCACUGAUAUGCUGUUUGCCAGAAGGGCCUUCCAGAACAUUUAUAUUAGACAAAUCAAAUCAUUUUACAGCAUAAAACACAGCACACAGAGAUAUCAUGUCUCGGAAAAUUUCUAUAACCUUGAGAGAUACUUUUAAAGACAGUAGUUCUCCUCUAUUCAUGCUUUAUUCAGGUAUUUCAUGUGUUAUUACACUUAAAUGAACUUCGUAAUUGCUCAUAGUUACACUGUAUUGUGCAUGCCUAUGUAAACGUAGUACUUAUGUAGAGCCAGGCCACAGUUACGGCCUAAACGGCCAAGAAAUACGAGAGAAGCGAUGUAAAGGAACAAAAAUGUAUGAAAAAAUAGUGUUUAGAGGUGAAAACAUAUAGAAACAAACCAGCAAGGCCACAUCACCACCUGCCAAACAUUUAUUUUAAGUCAGCAUGAAAUCAAAAUGGACCCUGUUUACUCUCUUCAUACAAGUUUCUAGUGUUAUUUUGAAUGAUUCACCAGUGCACACAAUUACAAAAAUGAAAUCUCCCCAUAUUUCAUGUUCUCUAUAGGAAGUAAAAUAGGUUGCAAAAGCCCUUUCAUGUUGACUGUCCCAUCAUGCUUAGUUGUUUUGACCCACAGAAAUUGUUCAAACUUUUUGGACCAAACCUAUUAAAUCAGAUUUCUUUCUGUCUUCACGCACAGCCUGCCAUGAUCAGUUGACCGUGCAAAUGUGCCACGUGCCACGACAGCACAACUUCCUCCAAUCAAAACAAAUGAUUUGCAAGGGAAGUUACUCUCUGUGCCGUUGCACCAUUAAUAUUUUGUCAGGAAAAGAGAGCUGCCGCUCGUCUAGGAGUUGAAUCUAAAAUGACUGGACAGCACAUUUCACUCUGGAGCCUGGAAAGCACUCACUCGCUCUCUUAAUAUUCAAGGGACAAAGUGGAUUUAAAGUGCUUUGCAGGUCAAACAUAGUACGAUUUAAUAUUAAGGCAGAAAUGAGCAAAGUUUUGCAGGAUGGAUCACCGUAUGGUUAAAGUGACUGAUGUGUCAACAUAAAACAUGAAACUGUUAUGACAGGUUUUCCUUCAGGAAUGGGAGAAUCUCACCAAAAAAUGUUCAACAUGUCCAAGAUAUAUAUAUAAAUUAUUACAAUGCUACACUCUAAAAAAUGCUGGGUUAAAAACAACCCAAGUUGGGUUAAAAAACCCAGCAAUUGGGUUGUUUUGUCCCAGCGGUUGGGUUAAAUAUUUGACCCAACCUGCUGGGUAGUUUUAUUUAACUCAACUAUUGUUUAAAAAUUUAUAUAUUGCUUGCUUAAAAUUAACAUUUAUUAAUAUGUUUAAUAAAUAAACAUUUGUUAAUAUGUUUAAUAAACGAACAUUUAUUAAUAAGUUUAAUAAAAAAAUAAUUAAAUAAUAAACAUUUUUUGCUUAUUAAACUGCUUAUUAAACAACCCAAUUGCUGGGUUUGUCUAUAUUUUACCCAACUUGGGUUGUUUUUAACCCAGCUUUUUCUAGAGUAUAUAUAUAUAUAUAUAUAUAUAUAUAUAUAUAUAUGUAUAUGUAUGACAAUUUAGCACAUUUUCCUGCCAUGCAAAUUUUCAUUACUGUAAUGCAAAAAACAUCUCAUUAUUAUUAUUAUUAUUAUUAUAUAAUUGUUGAGUUUUAGAAGUAAUACCAUUCUCAUUCUCAUCUUAUUACUGUAAUAAUAUCCAAAAUAAAAAGUGAAAAUAGCUGUAAUAUAAUGCUGUUUAACUAAAAUCAGUUUACAUUAGAAACAAAUAUUAUAAUAAUGAUAUACCUGACUUUUUUACAUUAAUGAGAAUGAGAAUGUUAAUGUUUUAUUAUGUUAAUGAGAAUUUGGGAGGGAAAUGUCCUUAAUUGCUAUGAAAAUUGUCACAAGGCUAAAAAAAAUUGUAAUGGUCUAUAAUAAGCUUUCUUUUUCAUCCAUAAUUCAGAAUUGAUUAUUAAAAUUAGUUUUAAAUGGCCUCAAACACACACAAAUGUGCAGAUAAUAGUUGCACAAACAUUCCAGUUACUGUGGCUCAAGCGGGAUUUCUGCCAUCUGUCUGUCAUAACUGAAAUUAGUAAUCAGGGACAGAGCAGGUUUUCAAUUAAACACCAAUCAGAUGAUCGGAGUGGAAGGUGAAUAUAUAAUCAGCAUUCAAGGGCACUUCUGUUCACUUCUACCCCUUCAGUUUUUUAACAUUGUGAAAUUGAACCGUUAAACUAACAGGAGAGUGAUAUCAUAAUUCUGAGACCGGACCCAAUGAAUCAUGGUUAUGUUUGGAAUAAUGCACCAUAUUCUUUUUUGCAGUAUGUGUGCUGUUCUCUGUAUCUGCUACAUUUGUCAAAUACAUGGUAUGCAACAAAGUAAUACCCUAGCAGUCCAUUAAAUUCACACAGAACACCCUAGCCAACAAUUUUGCAUUGGUAUCAUCACUCACAUUUUCUUAAGAAAAUAUACUACUGCUUUUACUACUGCACUGGGGAGAAAAUGUUGUAGGAUUUACUUUUAAUCAAUUUUCACUCAGAAAUUGCUAGUAAAUUUCACAAGUAAUUGCAAUGAAUGGGCAAGUAAAGCAGACAUUUUGAAGCAGAAAGACUGAAAUAGCAUUUUCUUACCAAUUUUUGCAGUUUGUUUGAAACUUUGUCAUUGCAUAUUAUUUCACAGAUUGACAUUUUAAACAAACAACUGUAGGUAGUAUGCAGUGUGCAUUAAGCAGUAUACUAGUAUUCCAUUCUGAACACUGCAAAAAUUAUUUGUCUUUUGUACAAAUAUCUCAACAUUAUUAAAUCAAGAUACAUUUACUUGAGAAGCAAAAUGACUUGUCUUCUGACAAAUUAAUCAAAAUUAAUUGUAUUUUUGCUUUAUGAAUUAAGUUUAUUUUUCUGACCCCACUGGCAGACAUUUUUUCUUGUUUUAAGCAUAAACUCACUAAAUUUGGAUACAUUUUUUUAUAAAGUAAGACUUCAUAUCUUAAAGGUGCUGUAUGUAAUUUUUUGACUGUACUAAAGCAUAAAAAUACCAUAAUAUGUUUGCAGAUAUUUAGGAAACAUGCUAAGUUCACUUCCUUGUUUCUCUGAAAAACAAUGCUAUAGCCAGUUAUUUUACUUAGAAAUGUGCAUUCUGUGGCACAAUAUCUGUUUUUGUUUUGGUCUGUGUGACUCUGCCCACUGACAAUUUACCCAAUAGUAUUUCGACACCCCGGGUUGCCAUUUGGCAUAAAAUACAGCAUAUUGCAGCCAUUGAAGAAUCUAUCUGACCUAAAAAGCCUCGUCAUCUAUUUAAAAUCUUAGAGUUUGUAAGUCUCCUUGCCUUCCAUUGUUAAUUGCACUUGCUCUUGUUGCGUGUCCUCAAUCUGGCAACACGCUCAAGCAUCGAGUCUAAAUCCCGAAGUAUAGUUCACUUUUUACACGUACGCGAGGGUCAGCGUACAAGGUGCGUCAUGCGAAUUUCCUCAUUAGAAGAGUACUGCAUGCGCACCGCUGAAUUUUUGUAAUCACGCAGGUCACACAUGCGCAUUUAAUUUUUUUUUUGCAGUAAUUAGUUUAUCCACAAGGUGGCAACAGUGCCCUGGGGGCGUCGAUUCACAAGGUAGUCAAAGAAAAACUGCAUAAACACAACAGACCGGAACAAAUGCAAGCUACAGCGACAAUGGAGGCCUGUAUAGACGAAAAAUUGUGCGAAGAGGUUAGAAAGUACCCUCAUUUGUACAACUCUAGCAUGAAAGAAUACAAAGAUGUUGACGUGGGUUGUAACUCGUGGUGAGAGAUUGUUCAAAACUGCGCAUGUGUUGAACGCCUGUGCGUUCAUUUGAGUCAAGUGAAGUAUACUUCACAAGGCUUGUGCGUUCGACUGUGCACGUACACUAGAGUACGCGUAAAAAAACAAAGUAUACCCAGGGCUUGAGGAGGAAACAACUCUCUCCAAUAUUUUGAAUUUGGACUGCAGUACCCAUUUGAACCACUAGUUGUCAAUAUUACAUACUGCACCUUUAAGUAAUUUUGCUUCUCUUGAUUUAAGUAUGUUUAGAUAUUUGUACUAGAAAAUAAAUUAAAAAUACUAAGCAGCGAACAUAUCCCACGUAACAACAAAACAUUCCUAGUAGUGCGGCAGCUGUUCAAUGCAGUGGCACAUGCAAUUUUUUUUUUUGUCUGGAUGUUUCUAAAUCUGUGGCUCAUACUAACAUACAUGCUGUACAAACGUGAAUUCUCAUGCUCUAUUUCAAUUUUUAUUCUAUUUAUUGCCAAAAAAAAAGAGAAAACUAGUUCUUUCAUAGCUUGCCCUGCCUAUAGUUCUUUAAAUCACUCUUUGUGCAUGCUAAUUGCUAGAGACGUAGAGAGACAUUUUUGUAGUAAAAGACAACAUAGAAAACAUAAAAAUGCACCAUUUUUUUGUUUGUUUGUUUUUGAUUUUCAGCCGAUACCUCCACGGGUAACAGUCAAAGCUUCAAGGCUACUAGCGGAGGUUGCAGUUUAUAGUUUUUAGCGUGCUAUCAUGCAGUAAGGAUAUCAUGGAAACAUAGCGCUGCGCCGAGCAUCCAAACCAACAGCGUGUGUUUGGACUCGCUGCUCUUCAGGGUUUGGGCUAUUUUGGGAGUAUGUUUUACAAACUGUGUUUUUUUUAUUCAUAUGAUGUUACUACCUGAACUAAGCCAUGUCCUCUUCCUUCAUACUCCCCAUAUACUGCCAUAGUCCUCUGCUAGAGCAAACGCUGCAUACAGUAUCAAAACAUACAAACCUCAAGCUUUCAAUCCAUGUUUGCUUUCUUUCCCGCAUUUUUGAGUUUGAAUUAUUUGUUCCAGCCAAUACACCGAAUGUUUUGUACAGAAGAAAAUGGUUUGAUUUAGGAUGUUAUAGAUUAAUCUAUACUGGUAUGAUAUUCCUAUGAAUGGUUGGACUCUUUAUAUAUGUCAAGUUAUUGAAUGCAAAGGGAUGGGCUCAUGAAAUCUGUCUUCUGUAUUUGUUGGGGAUAUUGAUAGCACAGAACGCUUCUUUCAGGUACAAUGGGGAGUCACGCAAAAGCUCCCGGGCGUUUUCUGUCACGACCGAUCCAGGAUCAGCUCUACAUAUGAGCGAGAGACCAACACAAGACCUGGAUCAGGACAGAAAACAACUCGGGUCGGCUUUGCUAUAUGGACGAUUGUGUUAUAUCUUAGGGUUUCUUAGCACAAUAUACAAACAGAUGUAAGCUAAAUAAUGAAUCUAUGUUUAAAUGCUAUGGAGGGAAGUGUGGGACACAACCAGAUGUUCCCGUAACAUCUGUACGACGAGUUUGAGAGGUGUAAAGGAGCAAACCUUCCUUUUGGUUUCAUUUUUGAAGAACAACAGACUAGUUUUGUCCCAUUAUCUUCCCUCUUGAACUUGCUGCUUUGACAAUUAAAUGUGUAAAAGGUUUUAAUUACGGUGUUCUAUUUAUUGUUUUGGUCAUUAAUUUAUUUAUUUGAUUAUUUUUAUUAUUAGAAUUUGAUCAUUUGCAUUUGUUUAUUUAUAUAUUUAUGUAUGAACUUUAAGUUUAUCAUUUCUGACAUAAUAUGUAUAAAUGAUGCUUAUUGGGGCUUUUUCUGUCUUUCUUCUUUUUUCAAUUUUACAAUAAAAAUGAUAAAUGCUCA